UUGUGUUUUGGGUUUCACUCAUGUCUGUCUUCUUGGUGUCCCAGUUCAGUGUUUUACUUGUUGGUGUUUAUUUGUGAUCUGUUUGCUGGUGUCUGUUCCCCCAGUAAUUCCUCUGCUUGCUUGUCCACUAAAUACUUUGAGUUCCAGUUAAUGUACGGUCUUGUGUUUUGCAUCUGUGAGUGUCUCUCUCUGCCUCGUUAGCCCUGAUGCCGGUCACCUGUGUUGCUCCCGCCCUGCUCGUUAGUCCCUGUGUUUAAAUGUUUGGUGUUUCUGGUCAUUGUGGUGUUUUGUAGUGUGUUCAUUCAGUCAUGUGCGGCUGGUAGAGUGUUCUGUCUGCCUGUGUCGAUCUUCCAGUCAACUGCCUAUUUCUGAUUCCCACUCAUGCCAGGAUAUGUGGAUCUACUUUUUGACUGCUGAAGAAUGGCUUCUAAUGGUGUAUCCAAGAGACUCCAUAUGCUGUGUCCUUUCUGCCGGAAGACCCAGAGAACCAUGUCAACGCAUCUACGCAGGGUCUGCAUGAAGAACGGCUCGCAAGAAGCCAUCGAGGCAGAGAUGGAGAAGGCAAAGAGGGACGUUUGUGAACUUCUGGCAACUGGCAGGGUGUUUGAAUACGCCCUCCUUUGUCAGAUUAUGGACAGUGCUGAUCCACUCAGCAGGCUAGUUGAGGAGCUGCACCGUCGCCAUAUGGUGGUGAUUGAUGUUCCUCCAUCACUGCCCAAUGUCCGGGCAAGGCCAACCACACGGCCACCGCCCGGGAGCGCAGCUCCGGAGACUGACGAGGACGAGCAGUCCGAGAACGACUCUGUCUGCAGUGACGAAACCUUUCAACGGAACCCAGACAUGAAGUUGACCAGGCAGCUCAUGGCGGAGAGGGGCCUUUACAACAAGCACUCUCUGGAGCAUCCGUUGCUGAAGGGGUUUGCCACGUACCUGGAGAAAGACCUCUACAAUGAGAAUUUUAAACAGGAGGUUGAAAAUGUUGCUCGGUUCCUGUACUACAUGGACCCGCAGUGUCCAUCCCUGGACUUCGUCAGGAACAGGGAAAAGACAAAGGAGUACCUCCAUGAGCUCUCCGAGGCAAAACUGAAAACACAAACACAACUUAAUUACCUCAAUAGCUUGAAACGAUUCCUAACAUACCACACAGUUUACACCAACCUGAGGAAUGAGGAUGAGAAACUCCACGAGGACUGCCGACAAUUUAUUGAGUACACUGGGUCUCUGCUGAAAAGCUGCUCAGAGAAAGAGAGCAAAGAGAUCACCCAAGCGAGGCAUGCCAAGCUGACAGAGAAUCGCCAGCUGACUCCUCAUGACUGCUUGGCUGUGUUGAGGGCUGCCAAGAGGGACUUCUUGUCCGUGAUCAACAAAGUCUACCCAGACGACAGCUCCUCCCUGGAGAAGACUGAGUGCGGCCUUGUGGUGUACUACCUCGAGGCAGUGGUGCUCCUGAAACACCACCAACUACCAGGCGUGGUGGAGCACAUGACUGUACAGGAGUGGGCUGCCCGAAAGCCAGACUCCUCUGGCAACAGAAUCGUUGGCGUAAAGGAGCACAAGUCAGCAGCACAACAGUUUGCCAUGUUUGCCCUUUCACAGGAGGAGGAGUUGUGGUUUGAGAUUUACUUCACACGGGUGAGGCCACUACUCCUGGAGUCCAAGAGGGUUAAGAGGAAUGACACAGAGGGAGAAGAUCGAUUCUUCAUCUCCACCACGGGGAGGCCCAUCUACAAUGCCUCCAAUGACCUGCACCGGCUGCAAACAAAAUACAGAGUUAAGCCAGUGACCAGCCAGUUGGCAUGCAGGGUCUUCGAGGCGGCCUUCAAGUCUCUGGUGGCUGAGCAGGCUGGUGACUCGAGUGCUGAGCCGGCAGAUGAGGGAUCCAGUCGUCCUACCCGGGGCUCUGCCGGCAACACUCCCCACAAGCCUGUCUACAGAACAAAUGUGCACACGGAUGUCGUUGCGGCAUAUGACCACCUUCUGAGAACGCACCCGGUGACUCUGGAUGGGGACGUGCCAGAUAUGACUCUGCGCUGUCAGUCAUCCCGCCAGUUUCACAGAAAGCUGUACGAGCGUUGGCUGAAGGCUCAAAUGAAACUGCGUGUGCAGCACGUUCUCUCAUACUUUUGCCGACGCCUCCCGACAGAACACCGGGUCCGCUCCUGGAUAGCAAAGCAGGGAUGGAAGAGCAACAUCCCCAACGCUGCCCAGAUCGUCAAAGACUGGAAGCCCUCUGGAUCUGUGGACACGAUCAUGGACUCGAGGCAGAUCCAGAAGUUCACUCAGUCACAGAAGUGGAGAGGACUUCUAGUCACUGAGACCGACAAGGGCACGGGUGUCAUUGCCACCCGCGUGUUUCAGACCGGGGAGGUUGUCUGUGACUACCAUGGGCGGGUGAUCACAGAACAAGAGGGCAAGGACAUACAGGGCAGCCCCAGUGGGGAGGAGACCAGAAACAUGUUCUUCUACACGGACAAUAAAGGGCAGCCCAUGUGCAUCGACGCACAUUCAUCUUCCUGCGAGUGCCACCCUGAGCAGCAGACUGUUGGCAGACUCAUUAACCACUCCAAAAGGAAAGACAACCUGAGGCCCAGGCUGUACACUGUGGACAUAGACGGGGAGGAAAAAGACGUCAUUCUUUUCUUGGCAAAAAAAGAACAUUCAGGUCAACGGAGAGCUGCUCUUUAAUUACGGAGCGCAGAAGUUAUCUUUCAGAGGAAAGGGCUUGGACCUCAAUUGGUGCAGGAUUUUAUUCCACCAGCAGCCUGCUCGUCACUGACAUUUGCAGACAGUAAAAAGCCCUCUGUUUGUGAAUUUUUAAUUUGUAAAUACCCUUUUUUACGUAUCAAAACAAUCAAUUACUACUUUUUUGUAUGUAUCAAAGCAAAUAAAACUGCAAAUCACAUCUGGAAAAAGUGAUUGGCUCCUCUCAUUCAUUUCAGAGA